AUGGAGGAAAAUUACGAGACCGUGGGCUCUGUGGGGAACUACAUUUCCCAGAAGGCCUUGCGAGCACCAGAGUGGUCAACCCUGCGAAUCGAUGACGAACUGGGCCAUAUUUUCCUCUUUCAGAGACUGCCAGUGUCCUUUGAGCAAGUAGCUGUGUUCUUCACGGAGGAGGAAUGGGUUCUGCUAGAUCCAGGCCAAAGAAAACUCUUUUGGGAAGUUACAGAGGAAAAUUAUGAGACUGUUGCCUCUUUAGAAUGGCCGGGCAAGCAGGGCGGCUUCAAAGUGCUGGUGGCCACCAUUGCCGUGGCGCUGGCUUACGCCUACAACGUCGACAUGGAGCAGCCCGUGGUUUUCCAGGGGCCCAACGACUCCUUCUUUGGAUAUUACGUGCUGGUGAUUACUAUGACAAUACUCGGUGUUCCAGAAUUGAGGGAGAUGGUGAGGGAGAUGGAAUCAGCAAAGUCGGUUAUUAGAAAAGUUGAAGUUCUGCAGAUGGAAGCAAAAUCUAGGGAACAAGCCGUACCAAAGCGAGAGUGCAGAAGGAAAAGGAAAGGCAAAAAGAAGCAGAGGAAGAAAUUGGUUGGCUAUCAGUCCAGAAAUCAACCUGAGAUCUCAGCCCGUGAAGAAAUACGGAAGAGAAAGAGAAGGCCUAAGGGUGCCAUAAAAGACACAAGGUUCCGCUGGAAAACAUAUAACUGCCUGGAGUGUGGCAAAAGUUUCUAUUGUAAUAGCAAACUAACUCAACAUCAAAGACUUCACGCAGGGGAAAAGUCAUACAAAUACCUAGAGUGUGGAAAGUGCUUCUCUUGCAAUGGCAGCCUAACUGCACAUAAAAGUGUUCACACGGGGGAGAAGCCAUACAAAUGCCUGGAGUGUGGAAAGUGCUUCCUUUCCAAUGGUGAGCUAACUAAACAUCAAAGGGUUCACACGGCAGAGAAGCCAUACAAAUGCCUGGAGUGUGGAAAGUGCUUCCUUUCCAAUGGUGAGCUAACAAAACAUCAAAGUGUUCACACAGGGGAGAAGCCGUAUAAAUGCCUGGAGUGUGGAAAGUGCUUCUCUCAGAAAUGGCACCUACCUGUACAUCAAAGGGUUCACACGGGGGAGAAGCCAUACAAAUGCCUGGAGUGUGGAAAGUGCUUCUUUCAGAAUGACAACCUAACUGCACAUCAAAGGGUUCACACGGGGGAGAAGCCAUACACAUGCCUGGAAUGUGGAAAGUGCUUCUCUCAGAAUCACCACCUAACUCAACAUCAAAGGGUUCACACAGGGGAGAAGCCAUAUAAAUGCCUGGAGUGUGGAAAGUGCUUCUCUUGCAAUGGCAGCCUAACUAAACAUAAAAGGGUUCACACGUCGGAGAAGCCAUACAAAUGCCUGGAGUGUGGAAAGUGCUUCUCUCGGAAUGACAGCCUAACUGCACAUCAAAGGAUUCACACGGGGGAGAAGCCAUACAAAUGCCUGGAGUGUGGAAAGUGUUUCUUUCGCAAUGGCAACUUAACUGCACAUCAAAGGGUUCACACAGGGGAGAAGCCAAAGAAAUGCCUGGAGUGUGGAAAGUGCUUCUCUCGGAAUGACAUCCUAACUGCCCAUCAAAGGGUUCACAUGGGGGAGAAGCCAUACAAAUGCCUGGAGUGUGGAAAGUGCUUCUCUCGGAAUGACAGCCUAACUGUCCAUCAAAGGGUUCACACGGGGGAGAAGCCAUACAAAUGCCUGGAGUGUGGAAAGUGUUUCUUUUGCAAUGGCAACCUAACUGCACAUCAAAGGGUUCACACAGGGGAGAAGCCAUACAAAUGCCUGGAGUGUGGAAAGUGCUUCUCUCGGAAUGACAUCCUAACUGCCCAUCAAAGGGUUCACACGGGGGAGAAGCCAUACAAAUGCCUGGAGUGUGGAAAGUGCUUCUCUCGGAAUGACAGCCUAACUGUCCAUCAAAGGGUUCACAUGGGGGUGAAGCCAUACAAAUGCCUAGAGUGUGGAAAGUGCUUCUUUGAGAAUAGCAACCUAACUGUACAUCAAAGGGUUCACACGGGGGAGAAGCCAUACAAAUGCCUGGAGUGUGGAAAGUGCUUCUCUCAGAAUGACGAACUAACUAAACAUCAAAGGGUUCACACAGGGGAGAAGCCAUACAAAUGCCUGGAGUGUGGAAAGUGCUUCUCUCGGAAUGACAUCCUAACUGUCCAUCAAAGGGUUCACACGGGGGAGAAACCUAAACACAAAAGGGUUCACACGGGGGAGAAGCCAUACAAAUGCCUGGAGUGUGGAAAGUGCUUCUCUUGCAAUGGCAACCUAACUUCACAUAAAAAGGUUCACACGGGGGAGAAGCCAUACAAAUGCCUGAAGUGUGGAAAGUGCUUCUCUUGGAAUCACCAACUAACUGUACAUCAAAGGGUUCACAAGGGGGAGAAGCCAUACAAAUGCCUGGAGUGUGGAAAAUCCAAGAAGCCGUGGGCUCCACCCAACGGGUCUGCUUCUGCUGUGGCCGAGUGGUCGCCCAUCGAGACGGGACCACCGUACACCGGGAGGAGGCAGUCCCAGGAGGCCACCCUUCAGGGCAUGGAGCCAGUCAACCAGGCCUCCUCCUUGUUGACUGGUGACAGUUUUACAAUCAACAGGUCUACAUCCUCCCAGGCCUCCUCCUCCUCCUUUGUGUCAUGUCUUAACUGCGCCUCCCUCUCUGCUUUCCAGGAGUCGGCGGGGGCCACCAUCUGUAGGGCUGAUAUCUGUCGACACAGGGCUCCGGACACCUGCCGUCGGUGCUUCCACGUCCAGCCUGAGGGCACACGCUACAGCGGCACGCCUCCAAGCUCGGCCCCUGACCGGCCCCGGUCCCUCUUAAGAGGGGCUGUUCCUCCUGCUGGUGAACAGGCAGAUUACAGUCCUGCUAAUUUCCGGGCAGCGGCCAAGCACCCGCCAACUAACCACAAGGCCAUUCGUUCCUCGGGGUGA